AUGCAAGUCUGGUUCAUCUUGAACAUGCUUGGCUUCAUUUCACUUGACAUGAUAGGGAUCCCAGGAAAUCUAGCUAUCCUCUAUGCCUUCAUCAAAGCCAUCUGUCAGCAGAACUUCACACCCAGUGAAAUCAUCCUGGGCAAACUUGCACUUGCGAACCUCCUGGUGAUCCUGACGAGGGGAGUCCCUCUCACCUUCCGAACACUUGGAGUCCACAUCAUGUACGAUGGUUUGAGCUGUGGCAUCGCCCUCUAUAUCUAUUGUGUGAGCAGAGCCAUGAGCAUCUUCUUAACGUCCAUGUUGGGCUGUUUCCAGUGUCUCUUAAUUGCCCCAUGUCCUCCCAGGUGCUUGCGGCUGAGGCACAGCAUCCUUGCAAGGCUCCCUUCCAUCAUGAUUUCCCUUUGGUGCUUCAACCUACUCGUCUGCUGUACCCGUUUGCUCUACUCCAUGCCUCGCACUGGUACCAACUGCACCAAGGAAGAGAUCACUGUGGUCUAUGACUUCUGUUGUGUGGUGUUCCCUAGCCAACUCUUAUACUUUGGAAAUGGAGCCGUGUUUGUUUCCCGAGACAUGUUCUUCCUGGGGUUGAUGACCUUCUCUAGUGGUUGCCUCCUCUUUGUUCUUCAUCAGCAUGGGAAACGAAUGAAACGUUUGCCCAUGCUACAAAUGAAACAUGCAGAGAUCCGAGCAACUAAAUCAGUAAUGGGCUUGCUGGCCAUGUACCUUCUCAGCUUUGGGCUGGACAGUGUCUUCUGGAUGGUUAACCUUUGUGUAUCCCCAGUCUCACUGAGGUUUGCAGAUGCACGCAUGUUCUUUGACUCCUGCUACUCAGCCAUAAGUCCAAUGUUGAUUAUCCUAACAAACAGAAAGAUUCAAGCAAGCAUAAAGUGUGGCAUUGGGAAGAGCUGGGGAUGA